AUGGCCUCUAGAUCCACUAAACAGCACAAGGAACUGCCAGACAACAGCUACAUAAUCUGUUUCAUUUGCUGGAACCACAUCGACCGGGAAGAGAAUGAAAUCUCGCGCCACUUCAAAUCAGCACACCCACAGCGCACCGAAUUUCACGGCCGUGGCAAUAUUCCCUACAACCGCUGUAAGCUGAUACCAGCGAGAGUUGCCGCGGAGCUUGUAUCGCAGGAAGAAGUUGAUCGCCUCAGCAACAAAACCUGUUACACUGGCAUCAACAAUGACCCCAAAGCACCUGUUGCUUCCUACCAAGAGAUACUGAAUAUGUUCGCGAGUCGACAACUGGCUGCUCCCAUUUGGUUAGCUACUAUCCCGCUUGUGCAGUUGCCUGCUGCUACGUCAGCCACCAACACCUCUUUGCCAAAUAUCGCUACCAACGCCAUAGCUAUCGCAGCACAAACCCCAGCCCAGCACCAAGCUGCCUCCCAGACUGCCCAGGCACAGAGCCAAGAUUCUCAACAGGCAGCCGACAACACCGUCGCGCCGUCUGCUGCCACAAACAGUGGCUACGGCCCCAUCAGUCUCUUCUCGGACAUCAACUCCGACAUCGACAUGCAGGACGACCCGUCCCCCCUCAGCAGCCUCUACCUCCCACUCAUCGACCAAGAGCCGCACGCCUUCAACUACACCAGCACCUACACCCUCGGCAACGAGCACAAGUUCACCUGCCACAAGUGCCCAGGCUCCCCCUACACCCAGCCUGUCACCGGCUGCCUCCAGUCCAUCUUCUGCCACUAUGUCGAGAACCACACCGCCGACCUGCGCGCCCGCUUCAUCAAACAAUACGUCGGCCGCUAUAUCAAGCACGUCUACCAAAAGUACCAAGACUUCGAAGUCGUUGCCGCCCGGGUCGCCAGCAUGGGCCUCGUGCCACACCCGCCCAGCGCCAACGAUAGCGAGGAGCACACCGUCAAUGUCGCGAUCCUGCACUGUUUCCUGUGCGAGGAUGAAAAGAGAUUCGAGGGCUUCGACGAGUUUGAUACCCACAUGUGGGAGACGCAUAUCGCCGAGCGCUGGGAGGUGGCGGAGCAGGUCAUGACCAAGUUCCAGGGCGAGAUUGAGAAUGAGGAGUGA